AAUUGAAAGUGAUUCUUUUCUGUUUGUGUAUUGACCGGUUGGUUUUUCUGCAGUUAAUUUGUUUCUCUGUCUUAAUUGUUUCAUCUAAUUUCUGAUCUCAUUUUAUUAAUUGUUGUUAAUUUAUUGUCAUCUAUUGGAUAUUCUGAAAAUGGCUUUUCCAAUGAGCAGGGUAGUUUCAGCUUUACUUAAUUCUAGCAGAGGCUCAGAGAAAUUAUUUGCUAGUCGGUUGAUUCAUUCAACCAGUUCAACAUAUUCGGCUGAUGUUAAAGAGAAUCAUGUUAAAUGUACUCUUAUUCCUGGUGAUGGUGUUGGCCCUGAAUUGUGUCAAGCAGUUAAAGAGGUUCUUGCUGCUAUGCAGACUCCGGUUGUUUUCGAGGAGAUGUUUAUUAGUGAAGUAAAUCCCACUAUGAGUGUUCCUCUUGAACAAGCGAUCGCCUCCAUCCGAAAGAAUCGUAUUGCUUUGAAAGGAAUUCUAUCAACACCAUUUAGCUCUACUUCCGGAGAAUUGCAAACACUUAAUAUGAAGAUACGUCGACAAUUGGAUCUAUUUGCCAAUGUGGUACAUGUUAAAUCUUUAGAUGGUAUACCAACCAGGCACAAGAAUUUAAAUUUUAUCACCAUUAGAGAGCAAACUGAAGGUGAAUACAGUUCAUUAGAACAUGAAAGUGUUCCCGGUGUUAUUGAAUGUAUGAAAAUUAUUACCGAAGAAAAAUCUCGACGAAUUGCUAAAUUUGCCUUUGAUUAUGCUACCAAACAUGGACGUAAAAAGGUUACCGCUGUUCACAAGGCUAAUAUUAUGAAAUUGUCUGAUGGCCUUUUCCUUAAAUGUUGCGAGGAAACCUCACAAUUAUAUCCAUCGAUUAAAUUUGACUCCAUGAUCAUUGACAAUACCUGCAUGCAAUUGGUUUCUCAUCCACACAAGUUUGACGUUCUUGUCAUGCCAAAUCUUUAUGGUAACAUUGUUGACAAUUUAGCUUCAGGCUUAGUCGGCGGUGCUGGUGUUGUACCUGGAGCUAGUUACAGUUCUGAUUGUGUCAUCUACGAACCGGGUGCAAGACACACUUUCGGUGAAGCUGUUGGUAAAAAUAUUGCCAAUCCAACGGCAAUGUUAUUAUGUGCUGCUAAAAUGCUUUGGCACGUUAAUCUUAACAGUUAUGCUCAAAAGUUGACCGAUGCCCUUGAGAAGGUUAUCAACAGUGGCAAAUCCAAGACCCGUGACAUGGGAGGUUACGCGAGUACCACUGAUUUCACUCGAGCUGUAAUAAGUAAUUUAUCCUUCUAGUCGCCCGAAGAUGAGAUUUAUUUUGUCGAUUCCGUUUUAAUCACCCCUCACACUUUAACAAACUAUAAAGAGAAAAAAGCAAAGAGAAAUAGAGAAAAAGAUGCUUGAUUUUGGAAAUCGAAAAAAAUUCUUCCUUCGAGAGUCCAAAUGAAUCAACACUCAUCCCCACACCGCCAACACCAUCGGGAAUCAGUUAUUGUAAAAAUCCAAAGGAUAAAGGAAUAAGUUCUAACAAAGUGAUCUUAAUAUGAUCGCUAAUCUAAAGUGGAUUUUUCUUGCAACAAUCAACAUCCAGUGGUAAAAACAAUGGUUAACACGACAAACUGAUUUAAAUGUUGUACCAAUCAUCAUCUUUAGUUUUAAUCUUGUGCUAGUAAAUUUCAUCUCGAAUCUCCUGUUUUUUUUUGCUUUGGUAAAACAAAAUUAACAUUUGGAUUACAUUAAAUUCACAUGGAUGUAGUACCGAGAGGACAAUCAAAAAUUGUCUCUCUCACUUAUUAACGUAAAACCAAAUUGAAAACUGUCAACUUUGCUGAUGAUGAUUGGAAUUAAACAAAAAGACAAAUUAACAAGAAUAACUUAUCGAAA